CAGUUAUUUUCUGUAAAUGUCUAACGCUUAACAAUAUCACCGAAAUCGAAGACACAAGAUCAGAGAGGCAGUGUGCAUUUAAUUGACAAAAGCAACCAAUGAAAUGAGAUGAAGAAGGAUAGCAUAAAGUAAAGCAGUUUUUAUCACCAAAACAGUGUUUCAGAACCUUAAAAUUUAAUUCCUUUAAAAGUACUCAAAUUUACAAUAGCUAACUGAAUUUGGAGUUUGAUACAGAUUGGGUCGUAGUUUACAUUAACCAUGAGUAUAUCACAUCAAAGUGGAAAUUGUCCAAAUUGCAGACUAAAUAUCAAUGAAGGUCAACGGUUUUGCGAAGACUGUGGAUAUAAAAUUGAAGCGAGUAGAUCAACAAUGAUUUGCCAGGGAAAAAUGGAGGAUGGUAAUCAAUGUAACGGAUUGCUGAAAAACGAUGCAAGUUUUUGCCCAAACUGUGGGACGCGAAGCCAUAUUUUAGCACAAGCAUCAGCAUCAAAUAUGGUUACCGAACGAGCUCACAGUGAAUUAUUGUAUACAAGAUCUGAUGACGAUGAAGGUGCAGAUAUUUGGGAAAUCAGUGGCGCAGUACUUGAAGGUGAAGCACAGGCCUCAGUAUCAAAUAUGGUGGUACCUGACAAUGAAUCCUUAACUUUAAGAUCUACUGACGAUGAGGUUGGAGAUAUUUGGAAUACGAGUGACGCAGUGCUUGAGGAUGAAGCUUUCAAUAAUCCAGCUCUGUACGAUGAAUUUUACAGUGAGCUGGAAUCCGGAGGCGCUACCACAACAGAGGCCUCAAUAGAAGAAAGAUUGAACAGGUGGGAAACACAAAAAGUACAAUUUGGAAUUGUCGGUCGGUCUGCAAUGGGGAAGUCCACAUUUAUCAAUUUACUGCUAAAUCUUAGUCCAACAGAUCCUGGGUAUGCCGAAGUUGGAGAAGGAGAUUGCACAACAUUGAUAAAGAUAUAUGAACAUCCACAGUUUGGUUCAUUCAAGCUUGUAGACUUCCCUGGAUUUGGGACGCUUAACAUGACGAAAGAUCAAUUUCUUGUCAAAUUGAAUUCUGUGAAUCUAGACUAUUUUUUUUGUUUUCAUUGACACCGUACUUAUGGAAGAAGAUAUAUGGAUAGUUAAAAAACUGAAGGAACGAAAAAUCGCAUAUUCGAUCGUGAGAUCCAAGAUUGAUGUGAUUGUUGAUAAAGCGAGGAAGAAUGGAACUAACGAACAAGAAGCGAUCGCUCAAAUAAGGAGGAAAUUAGAAGAUACAAUGGCACGUAACGAUACUCUGAGAGGUUCAGAGUUAUUUCUUAUUUCAAACUUCAGAAAGUAUUUUCAUUAUGGGGAUUUGAUUAAACUACUGAUACACAUAACUUCUUUAAUUCCCGAUUGUAAAGUGGAAGCGCUGCUUUUCUUUCUUCCUUUGUUAACUCCAGAACUUAUUGAAUUGAAAUGCAAAACAUUAGAGAAGAGGAUUAAAUUGGUGGCUUAUGCGACUUGUGUGAUUGCUUCUAUCCCAAUUCCGUUGGUUGAUUUCCCUGUGAACAUUGCUAUAGUUACUCGAGAGGUACGCAGAUAUAUCAGAAUUCUAAACCUUGACCAGCCAUAUGUCAUAAAAGUUCCAGGACUAAAACAUCCGUCUUUAAAGGAAAAGACCAAAAUAGAAUCAAUAAAGGCACAAUUUGUGAAAUGCUUGGACUUAGGAGCAGUCGCAGCAGUAUCUCAACUUGACUGGAUAUUGCCUGGAAUUGGAUCUGGCUUUGCCGGACCUGCAUCAAUCGUUUUGAUUGUACAUCAUUUGAAGUCUGAAUUGGAAGUGCUACGAGCAGAUGCAAAAGUUGUAUAUGACUAUAUGUUAGAACAUACACCAACGACGUAAAAGCUGGAAAGGAACUAAAAGCGAUAAUACUCAACACAGAAAGAACCAGAAAAUUGUUUGUCUGUCAUUAAGUCUGAUUAUUUGUUAGUAAAAACUUAUUAAUAUUCUAUUGCGCCAGCUUUUUUUAUUACAGUUUUUUUUAGAGAGUGUUUUGUGGUUUUGUUCGCAUUUUUUGCAUUUUGUUUUGUUUGUUCCAUAGGCACAUUUCGCCACUUUUAUAAAAGCUUACGCUUUAUAUAUCAUAUUUUCGUUUUACUUAUUGUUACAUCUGGCGAACGCCUACCGUAAUGAGUGACCGUUAAACUAUUAAAUAAAUAAUUGUGUCUUGGUGAUUUCACAUAGUUGUUUUAACCAUGUCUUGGAGUAUUUAAUAAA